AAGCAAAGGAGUGAAGGAGAGAAAGAGAGAGAGAGAGUGCAGCUUGUAUAAGGCAGUAGUCAAUCACUCAACACACCAGAGAGAGAGAGAGAGAGGCAGAGAGAGAGAGGCAGAGAGAGAGGCAGAGAGAGAUACUGUAGAGAGAGAUUGGAGGAGCAGCCGGCCGCUCGUCCCUCACUCUAGGCAAUAAGUUUAUAGGCAGCCCGGCAGAUUUUCUUGGCUCAGACGCAGCGCUCAUGACAGGAUUAGGAGCCGGGGACGCGGGACAAACCGGAGAUCUGCAGGUCCGAGUGGACGAGCCUGGGCCAGAUUCUCUCCCUGCACAGCUGUGACGGGCCUCCCGUGUCCCGUCACACCAAUCUUCCGACAACAGUCUUCCGAGGUUGACCCGAUUACCUCGUCUCCUCUCCCAUCAUGCGUCUCCUCAUCACCCUCCUCCUCCUGCUGCUCCUCGGGUCAGCUGAGCCCCGGAGAGGCCCUCGCUCAGGGGCUGUGGAGAGGGGCGCGAGGGGCCGGGUGCGGGGCAGAGACAGGGCCGGAGUGAUGAGACGUCAAACUCAGGAGUGUAAGGAAUACAUUGAGGCCGGAGAGAAGUACCUGGACUGCCAGGACAGGCAGCUGACGGCCGUGAUGCAACACUGGCCUAAAGAUAUUCACCACCUGCUGCUGGCAAGAAAUAAGAUUCAGGUUUUGCGGGACAACAUGUUCUCCCAGUUCUCCCAGCUGAAAAGCCUGGACCUGCAGCAGAACCACAUCUCGAUGGUGGAGGACGGAGCGUUCUCCGGCCUCUCAGCGCUCACCACCCUGCUCCUCCAGCACAACCGUCUGAAGACCGCCACCGAGGAGGUCCUGCUGCCUCUGCCCCGCCUCACCUACCUCCGUCUCUACGACAACCCCUGGAGCUGCAACUGCCAAUUGGACAGCCUGGUCAGGAACCUUCAGGUGCCUAGCAACCGCAACCUGGGCAACUACGGCAAGUGCGCGCAGCCCCUGUCGCUGAUGGGCCAGAAGCUGAAGGGGCUGAAGGUGGAGACGUUGUGCUCCGGAGACAACCAGGUGGACAGGAACCAGGGCGGCGGACAGGGGGCGGGACUAAGGCCUAAGCCAGCCAAAAAGACAGAGGCCACGUCCAUGUGCCAUACCUACAUGUUCCCCAAACCUCUGCUGGACUGCAGCAACAAAGAUUUGAGUAACAUCCCAUCUGACCUGCCGUCCGACCUGGUGAAGAUGGAUCUGUCCCGAAACACCAUCAAACAUCUCAGGCCCAAACAGUUCCUGCUGUCCAAAGACCUCAAGCUGCUCAACCUGAGCAGCAACAGCCUGCAACGUAUCGACACAGCUGCAUUUGCAGGCCUGCUGCACCUCCGUGAGCUGGACCUCUCCAACAAUAGCCUCCACUACUUCCAGUACGGUGUCCUGGAGGACCUCUACUUCAUACGGAAGCUGUCGUUGGACAACAACCCCUGGAUCUGCGACUACAACAUCCACUACCUGAACUACUGGCUCAAGCACCACCCCAACGUCUUCCACUCUGGCCUGAUCUGCUCUGAGCCGCCGGAGUUCAGGGGAUGGCGCGUCGAGAAUUACGUCAAGACCUACAACAGUGAAUGUCCCAAGGAUAGACAAAUUGGAGGGGGGGAUACAGGACAGGGAGGACAAGGGGGGACAAACAAUGAGGCAGUGGGGGAGACGGGUGAGGGGCAGGAGGAACGUCAGCCUCAGCCUCUGAAGGAGAUGAAGCAAAAAGGGAUUGAGAUAAUCAGGCUAAGUUAGAAUGGGGGGUGAUCGCGGACUGGUGGAGGUUAUAGGGGUGUUUGAUUAAAAUGCAGUCUUUGGAGAGGCUAAAUAGUUAAUAAUCAAAGGUAGACUCAGUGAUUUGAUGUUUAAACAUGAUGUGUAAAAGUACAAUCUUGGGAUAACAUCCAUUGUCUUGUUAGUAGUCAGCUUUUUCCAUCUUAUUUUAGGACAUUUUCGACAUUUCCUUUAACGAUUAUUAGUUGCUAAGUUUACCUUUAAACAAAAGUUAGGAGAUGCUCUUUCAAACCAGUCUGUAUCAGAUCUAAAACUCCCAACCAGGACAUCUCUUUGAAUUUCCCACACAAUGAACUGUAGGAGCUCUCCUUUUUAUACUGUUACAAUCAUUUUAAUAAUGAGUUUAGGAUAUACUUUUUUUCUCUUUUUAAAAGAAAACCUUUUGUAUUAAUUAAUGUACGGCAUUGUCUACCUGUUUCUGGAAAUAAAAUUGGGUUUAUUUUUUCUGAA